GUUAACUGUAGCUCCGCGUUUCCUGAUGCUGGGUGAUAAAUCAUUCACGGUAGAACUCGAAUAAUGACACCCCGAUUGUGCUUUCCAUAUUUUGCUUACAAUAGGACUCUUAGACUCACAUUGCCAUUCGAAUGCUUUCCGUUUGGAGCCUUGCAUAUGCACGGGAUGCUAUUAGUAUGCACCUCAAUGUCUGGCGUGUCCCUCGGGUUAUUGCUGCAUACAAAUCAUUAGGCUCACAUGGAGGAGGCCAAGAGUGUAUACGCUCGCUAACGAUCUGUG